UAUGAUUCUUCAAGCAAAUUUUCAUUAUGAAAUUUUAAAAAUAGAAAAACUUGCUUCUGCAUCUGCCAAAAAUGGAAAUGAUCUCUUUGAAAGCAUUGGAAAGCUUACAUCAAAUAUCGAAUAGAAAAUCAUAUACUUAGACAAUACAUACCAAAAAGUAUUUGCAAUAUCAAAAGUUGAACUUGUCAGACUUCCUGAUGAGAUGAAAAAUUUAGAAAGUUUCAUAGACCUUAUCUUUCAUAUAGCAUGUCAGAAAGGGAUUAAAACUAUUGCUUUUCAUUUGAGAAAAGAAAAAAUUACUAAUAAAAAUAUAUCAAUACACGAAAGCGAAAAGAUUCUGCAGCUCUUAGCGGAAGUUAAUAAAUAACAGGAUUCAGAUUAAUAGGCAAAGCAGGAAAAAAGAUCUACUUUCUAUGCCUUAUCAGAAGGUGAUUACAUUGGUAUGAGAAAAAAGCUUAAUUUAUUAUUUUAUGGGAGAGAAGACAUUUAAGACUUUAUUAGAGAACAUAAAUAAGAAUAAGAAUAAAUUUUCAGUCUUCUUAUUCAAAUACCGAAUACCAAUAGGAGCUCUUCAUGUUACAUUUAGAAUAGAAAUGAGAUCGUUACAGUGCUAUCAAAUUGUAAAUUGUAUUUCUAUUACUUUUUUAGUUCAAAUAAAAUAAGCAUAACUUUAUGAAACUAAUCUAUAAUGGACAACCAUAAAAUAAGAAAAUAAAAUGCCCAAAUUAUUUCUUGAAAUUAAAGUGAUUGAAUCAAAAAUAAUGAAAAACAAUUUUACAUAUGAAACUACAUUAACGAUUGACACUCAUUAGAAAACUUAGAAUCAUUUAAUGUUUGUUUUUAAUCAAAAAGUACUUGCCUUUUAGUUUCCCUUAAAAUUUAGAGACAAUUGA